AUGCAGGGGAGGCCGCUUGCGGUUCAACUAGGAGACACCCACGGCGUGGUCGUCUACCACACCACGGCGCUAGCUCCAGAGAAGCUGUGCACCACGUUUGAGAAAUUCGGCAAGACGAGCGUGGCUCACGGCUUCGAGCUCACCGACGGCAACUACGCCACUGUUGUCUUCUUCUCGGAACCAAUGAGCUGUGCGGUUUGCUACGCGUCUCUCUCGCGACUGGCACAAGAGCCUGGGAACAUUGGUAUUAUCGAUGUCGGAUGGAUCCACGAAAACGGCGUUGACGCUUUUGCGAGGCGGUCCUAUGUGAGACACAAGUACACCCCUGGUGUCUCCACCGUGGGCGCUGGCUUUGCUGAAUCCAACGGUUACUUGGUUGUGUAUUGGAAAGGCGUGGCGGAACCCGACCGGCGCGAGAUUUCUCAAAUGGCGCACUCGUCAGCCGUCGAGGUUUUUGAGGACAACAAAGAGGGUGGGCGGUCGUUUCUGCGCUUUCGCUCCGAGGAUGCUGCUGACGCCUUCCACUCCGACGUGCUGUUUCGAUUCGCUGCGAUGAGGCGGUCCCUCUCGUAUGCCGACGCCACAGAUUUCUCACUUGCCAAGGGAGCUGCGUGA